UCGACUGCCAAGACCCUCAUUGACUCUGUGAAGACUCAACCACGGACGCACCUUGGACAGAGUGCGCAGACGGAUUUUGAUAUUACCAAAACGUUUACUUUUGGUAUGAUAACGGCUUGACUUUAUGGUAAACAGAGAUCUUCAACAUGCAGGAAGAGAAGCAAAGCGCGAGGAAACAACAGUCUCAAAACGAUGCGCCACGGAAAGGUAAGGGUAUUUUCGACGCUCCAAGGAACGGUAAGGGUAUUUUAGAUGCGGGACAUCGAGCCCAUGGGUGCUUGAAAUUCAGCAAAAGCAAAGAUGCCUUGCAGCGUCAAAGCAGCACUUCGACCGUGGUCCAAGAAACGCGCAGACGGAGCUGGUUAGCCAGAAAAGAGAGUGGAGUUCACGAGCGCUGCCCGGUCCCCAAAACGCCGUCUUCGGGGAACUUUCCCAACUGUGGCAACAACAAUCUGGAAGCGUCGGGGCUCUUUCAGGCGUACCAGCCAUUCCCCGAACAGCGAUUCUCAACAGAGGAUGCAAAGUUAGUCAUGAAAUCAAUCGUGGAGGCAAGGCUCGCCGGUGCAGAAUACAGCUCAUCUUGUUCUGAGAUCGCCAGAGAUUUGGCAGACAGCGUGAGAGAUGCGGCGAAAGCCCAGCUGUGUGAUCGGUACAAGCUCAUCUGUUUCGUCGCCAUCGGGCAGGUGAAGGACUGCGAGGUGACUUGCUCCAGCAGGGGCAUAUGGAGUCCCACAGCGGACACAUUUGUGGAGUAUACUUUCAAGAAUGACUCCCUGUUUGCGCUUUGCAUUCUGUACGCAGUUUAUCAAGAAUAAUUUGCUGUGUAAUUCGUUGUAGGCUCUGCUCACACUAGCUACACGUUUCUGUUUUAGCCUACUCUGAUGUAGCCUACUUGAUCAUCAUCAUUGACCUAUGACAUGACAUGACUGACCUUUUUAAUAACAGACUGUAUGGUGCAGUGUAUCUUAUGACUGGUAAAUCUAAUAGACUAGACUAAUAUUUACAUCUAAAGAGCUGUUGUCUAGGCCUAUCUGUGCUUUAACAUUUCACGAAUUGUUGGAAAGAUCAUCCAGAAACUUCACUGGUUAAAGACUGCAUGCCUUUCAAGUUUAAAGUAAACUUCUUUUUUUAUAUUGUGGCCCUAUUGAAGUGUUCAGAUCAGUCACAGGUUUUAAUGCUUUUAAAUAUUUUUUUAGGUUGAUGGCGGUCUUUUAGGGUAUGACUUAAAUAGUAAUUAAAUCAAUAACAAGUAAUAGUACCUCGUGAAAUGCUGAACAAAAAGAGGAAUAAAAUA